AAUCACACCAUAACGAAAAUUUAUUUAUUUUUCCACUGAAAUAUGAUUUCUCCUUUUUUAAUUACUUGGGGAAAUGAAAUCCUCGGGAAACAGUUUUCCAGAAGGGAAAUCAUCCAUAGAAGGCGUGAAUUAUAGUGCUAACAAUUUGUGAAACACCGUAGUUUGAUGAGCAACAUAGAUAGAUAUAUAGAGAAUAGCAAGUGAAGAAGAAGAAGAAGAAGAAGAAGAAGAAGGAUGCAGAGGAGGAGGAAGAUGAAGCCCAGCCUCAGCUUCUUUACCUUCUCCUGAUACAAUUAAUGGCCAAUUCUCAGCAUCGCUGCGUUUUUGUUGGUAAUAUACCCUAUGACGCCUCUGAAGAACAGCUUAUACAAAUCUGCGAGGAGGUUGGGCCUGUCGUGUCCUUCAGAUUAGUUAUUGAUAGAGAAACUGGGAAACCAAAAGGUUAUGGAUUCUGUGAAUAUAAGGAUGAAGAGACAGCUUUAAGUGCUCGCCGUAAUCUCCAAGGGUAUGACAUCAAUGGCCGGCAAUUACGAGUUGAUUUUGCUGAAAACGAUAAAAAUGCUGACAAAAAUCGAGAACAGGGUCGUGGUGGACCUGGGAUGGUUGCAAAUGUUGACCCUCCAAAGCAAUUUGGUGGUCCAGCGAUUGUUGGGAAUUCUGGUUUCUACCAGCCUAUUGGUCUCCAAGUAGCUAUGGCUGCUGCAUCCCUCAUGGCAGGAUUGCUUGGAGGUGCUCAGGCUAGUAGGGAGUUGAAUCAAAAUGGUUUGCAAGGUCAGCUGACAAUAUAUAGUGAUCCUUUAACUCUUCAUCUGGCCAAAAUGUCAAGGAACCAGCUAAAUGAGGUUAUGUCUGAGCUGAAGGUGAUGGCCACACAAAACAAGGAACAUGCUCGUCAGCUAUUGCUUUCAAGCCCACAGUUUCCAAAAGCUCUUUUCCAGGCACAGAUAAUGCUAGGAAUGGUUACCCCACAAAUGUUGCAGAUGCCAAAUAUUCUGCAGACUUCAGUUUCACUUGCACAGCCUUUAUCACAAGAUGAUGCGGUUCCAACUCUUCCUGGCCUACCCCCUUUUGCACAGAACAAAAUGCAGUUUGGGUUGAUGGCCAGAGUACAAGAAGCUCAAGUGUCUUCUCUACGUCCAAAUUCUAUGGCUCACAACCAGUAUGCUGAUGUACUGCAACUUCCUACACAGCCUCGAGUUCAGGUUCCACAACUAGUCCGAAACCAAAUGUUUGAACAAGGCAUAUUGCCAGGCCACUCUGGAAUUUCAACACUUCCAUCCAUACGCCCACUGACUUUGGGGGGUGUGUCUACUAGACCACCAAAUCUAGUGGCACCUUCAUCUUAUUUGAAGCAGCAAAUGCAACCAACUUCGUUACAGCACCAAGGACAGGCUGGAGCUGUUAAUUUCGGGCAUAAUGGUCAGCUCGUCGCUCCAAAUACAACAUUUCUGUCUUCCCUUUUGAUUCGUCCACUGUUAUCAGAUCAGAAGUUUCAGCCUGGCACCUCAAUAUUAUCGGGUAUUCCUUGAUAUGAUAAACAAGGAUGCUGAUAGAACAGCACAGGGUACCAAUGUUUCAACUUGGGUCCACAAAGGUGACACCUAUUCAAGCUUGCCUUCAGGAUCAUCUGAGAAAGCAAACAUGGUCCACGACACUUCAGAUCCAUUGAGACGCCCUUCAAAGCUGCUAAAAUUGGAUGAUGGAAGGAGUAUGUCCUUGGCAAUGGGAGUAAAUAUGUCAACCUCUGUGUCUGGGCAAUCCCAAGUUUCAGGUGCUGCCUCGUUUGGGAACCAAACCCCCAAAGCAGAAGAAGCUCCUCCGGUGCAGCUUCCUCCUGAGAUGGAGUCCGCCUUACUCCAGCAAGUGCUGAGUCUCACCCCAGAGCAGUUGAGUUCACUGCCUCCAGAUCAGCAGCGACAAGUCAUUCAGCUCCAACAGAUGCUUCUUCGGUAAGUUCAGUUCCAACCUACCUACCUACCUACCUAUUGGACAGGUGACAUGUGAUCAGAUUCCCAAUGAAGCCACUAUAAUCAGCCUGGUCUAAUUUUUUAUUCUUUCGAAGUUCCUAGGUUGAGGACUGGUCAUUAUUGUCAAUCAAUUUUAAGUAGUAAAAUGAUAGUUUACACAAGUUCGAGCUGAGGAUCUUAGUUGCCCAGGGAAUUAGUACAUAAUGUGAUGGUUACAAGCUUGUGAUACAAAUGUGAAUCAAUUAAGAGAAAAAAAAAUUGGGGGUAUGUCCUCAUUUCUAGAUA